UACCAGUCAGUGCGUCUCGAAAUCUUCGGCGGAUCGAACGCUAAUCUUAAAUAUGAUGAUACGCUAUUGUUUUCUUCGUAUUUUCAAUUCAUUCUUUAUGUUCUCUUCAUAUUUCAUUUUCACAUUUUCUCUACAUAUUUUCUCAUUUUGCAUUCAGACAAUCAAUACUUCUAAAGCUAAAUUUCACGUUGGGUUCUUCGACACUCCCACUUCUAGAGCUUGGCUUGCCUCUAUAGAUAUCCGGCCAUUUCACUUAUCACCUCCGAUACAGAAAAAUAGAAAAUCUGUAUCGUCGAAAAAAGACAGAAAUGCUGUAUUGGAGGCUGAGAAGGCCGAAAAGAUGACAAAUGAGGAAAGGAGGCUCGAGAAGCACAGCUUCGCAAGUUCAGCGAAAAAUCGGAUAAAAAUAAAGCGAAGCGAGUAAGGAGGAAGAGGAGUGUCCAGAAAGUGGAAUGCGCCCUGUUUCUUCCCAAACUAUGACUUUUACUGAAAUAAUCAACAAUUUGCAGAAUGAGUUGCAAGAACUUACAGAUUCUGUAGGAAGAAAGACCUUCAUUCCAGAGAAUAUUGUUGAUGACAUUAAAAUGAGGGCAUUGACAGGAUUCACUAAAGAAAGGUUUUUCUCUGUAUUUUCUUUUUUGAAUUUUGAAACAGAUCUUCAAAAAUUGAAUUCGUCGAAGCGUCCAGUUGACUUAUAUUUUCUGUUCCUUGUUAAAUUAAGGACUGGAAUUUCAAAUGAAUUUUUAUCCCUUUUAUUUGAAAUUUCAGAUUCUACUGUUUCAAGGUAUUUUAAUUUUGUAACAACAGCUUUGUAUGAAAAACUGAAAUUGUUACCUAUAUUUCCUCCAAAGUCAUUAGUCACUGAAACCAUGCCGAAACAGUUCCGUUCAGAAAAUAAGGACUGCCGAGUCAUUAUUGAUUGCACUGAAUUUCUUAUACAGAAACCUAACAGUCCAGCAGAACAGCAAAUGACUUUUAGUUUCUAUAAGAAUGCAAAUACUUUGAAAGGUUUGAUAGGCAUAAUGCCUUCAGGAGCCAUCAGCUUUAUUUCACCUUUAUACUGUGGUAGCUUAUCUGACAAGGAGCUUUUUAUUAAAAGCCAUUUGAUGGAUAUGUUAGAACCAAAUGAUGUGUGAUGGCAGAUAAAGGUUUUCCAAUGGAACAAGAACUUUUAAAAAUAAGAUGUAGAUUAAAAUGUCCUAAAUUUUUGAGGGACUGUAUUCAGUUCGAUGUAACUUAAAGAAUUGAUAAUUGUAAAAUAUCUAAUGUAAGAGUUACAGUAGAAAGAGCUAUUUCAAGAAUUAAAAUGUACAAAUAUUUUGCAGGGGCUCUAUCUUAUAUUUGUUUACAUAAUGUCAAUUCUAUAUUUUUUAUUUCUUGCAUGUUCUGUAACUUUCAAAUCCUAUUAAUUAACAUUAAAUAAUUUUUUAUUUUUAGUUUUUAGCAUUAUAAUAAAAUGCAUUACAAAAUUUUACUUUUGUAUUGUUAACCUUAAAAUUCCCUUUAUCUAUUAGCAAUUAAUAUUGUUUGAUUCUUGCUAGGUAAUCAUGUCUAAUAACAAAAUAUCAAUUUGUUAUUCUUAUUAGAGCUUUCUUUCUGAUAAGUAUCAUUUUUUCUUCAUUGCAUUACUUAUAAAAAUAAUUUUUCAGUGUAUUUUUGUAAUUAACUGUAUCACUUGCAACCAUAUUUAAAAACUGUAUUUAAUUAUUUAUAGCAAAACCAGUCAGAAAAUUUUUCUUAUUUAUCUUUUUAUGAUUGUUUGAAUUUUGGUUAUCAAUACUAUCGCAAUAUCAUGGUGAAAUGAAUGAAUGGAUGAUUCCUAAAAACAUUAUUACUGGUUUUCUAAACACAUUUGCUGAUUUAUGAUGGCUUUAAAGUGGAGAAUUUAUGUCCAGCAACAGUUUUUAUUGUUAAGAAUGUUAUGUCAUUAGUUUCUUGUAUUUAAACUGAAAUCGAUUGUUAUCAUACUAUACUAUUGUGCACUUAAGUGAUUUCAUUUUUAAAAAUACAGGUCAUUUAAUUGAAAAUCAAUUUCCAUAUCAGUAUUUAUUGUAUAUUUUUUAUUUUCAAUUUCUUUUAAAUUGCUGGAUUUUUAUUUUAAACUUCAUUACUGCAUGGAUAUUUCACUCUUUUUUCUGUUUCUUUAAUAUAUUGAAUUUGAAUCAUUAUAAAAUUCUGCACAAGUAUAAAAGUGUUUCUUCCAACUGCUCUUGAUAUCCUAUGUAAAUUAUAUAAAUAUCAUUACCUCAUUCUUGUGUAUUAAAUUUAUUGUAUUGUAUGCUUUUGUUUUAUUGUAUGAUAUUCAUUUAAUAUAAUUUUUGCCAGUGUAACAUUAGCAUUUUAAAACACAUUAUUCACAUUAAUUAAAUGUUAUUUAAUUUAAAAAAUCAGAAGUGUUAUUAUUGAUAAUGUUUUUAUUGGAGAUUAAAAAAUUAUUCUUUUAGUAUCUAGGAUGUUUCUUUUGAAUAAAGUUAAUUUCCUCAUUUAUUUUGACAAUUUUAUCAUGCUAUGUUUAUGUUCUU